UUGUUUUUUUUUAAUUUUUCGCUUUCCGACGGGAAAGGACCCUUACGGGCUCCCGUAGGGUAGUCUCUCGCAAACUCCGCGUCUCAUUGGUGGCGGAAGAGGUGGGCGGGUCGCCGAGGAGCCGGAGAAAGAGGGCGGCGGCGUUCGUGCGGCGGAUCGAACGGAACCCUGGUGACAGGAUGGCUGGGCACAGAUUGGUGUUGGUAUUAGGAGAUCUGCAUAUUCCACACCGGUGCAACAGCCUGCCAGCCAAAUUUAAAAAACUCCUGGUGCCAGGAAAAAUCCAGCACAUUCUCUGCACUGGAAACCUUUGCACCAAGGAGAGCUAUGACUAUCUCAAGACUCUGGCUGGUGAUGUCCACAUCGUGAGAGGAGACUUCGAUGAGGUGCCAUUUUCCUUUCCCUCCUAUCUGUGCUCCUUUCUCACUUCUUUGUGUAACCUUUAUCUUUUAGACUUGAGUUUUUCCAUUCUUUCUCCCCAGCCCCUUUGAAAACAUAUCCUAGAAACUAGACGUGCAGUUGUAGAACCCGUGUCUAAGCAUACACAAUGCCUGGGUUCAAUCCUUAGCAUCACAAUUAUGUCUCCCAAGUAUAAAAUUCCGAGUGAACUAUCCGUUAGUUUGCAGCGAGAAAUGUUCUGGACUCAGACAUUCUCAGACUUGGGUACAUAUAUAAUGAGUUAUUGGGAAUAAGAGCUGGAUCUAAACAUUAAAUUCAUUUUUGUUUCAUUCCUAUAUACCUUAUUUGCAUAGCCUGAAGAUACAAUGUGGAUUCCAGUGUAUCUGAGUCUAUGAAAUAAGACAGGGGAUAUGAAAUAAGAUCUUAGAUUUAAGCCUUGCCCACUAGUUACUAAAUAAUGUGUUUUGUUUUGUUUUGUUUUUUGAGACAGGGUUUCUCUGUGUAGCCCUGGCUGUCCUGGAACUCACUCUGUAGACCUAUUUCGUACUCAGAAAUCCACCUGCCUCUGCCUCCCAAGUGCUGGGAUUAAAGGCCUGUGCCACCACUGCCCAGAAAUAAUGUGAUUCUUGACAAUUACUUUUCUUUUGACCCUUAAUAAAUAUGAUUGGAAUUGCAUAAUUCACAAGAAUAAACCUGAUU